AUGGCAAAUAGUUCACAAUCUGUUAUACAAGAUGUUAAUUCAGUUUAUUACAUUCAUCCAUCUGAGAAUCCCACAGUUUCUUUGGUUUCUGAAAAAUUCAAUGGAGACAACUAUGCAGAUUGGAAGAAAGGAAUGAUUUUGGCGUUUUCUAUGAAGAAUAAGCUUGUGUUCAUUGAUGGAAGCUUAACUAAACCAGAUUCUGGAGAUCCAAUGUUCAAUGCUUGGGAAAGGUGCAACAACAUGGUGAUAUCUUAUCUCUUGAGAUCCAUGGAUAACACAUUGUCCAAAAGUGUUAUGUUCUUUGCAACUGCUGAAGAAAUCUGGAAAGAUCUUGAAGAUAGAUAUUCAAUCAUAUCAGGUCCUCAAUUUUAUUCAUUACAGCAAUCCUUAAAUCAAAUCUCUCAAGGUAAUACUUCAGUAUCUGAAUUUUUUACCAAGAUUAAAGGAAUGUGGGAUCAGAUUAGUGCUGCCAGGCCAAUUCCUGUGUGUACUUGUAAUGGAUGCUCGUGUAACCUCAUUAAAAACUUUUUUAAAUCUCAACAAGAUGAAAGGUUGAUCCAUUUUCUGAUGAAGUUGGAUAAUAGGUAUGCAGCUGUUAGAACAAACUUCCUGAUGAUGAAUCCAUUGCCAACAAUUUCUGCUACUUAUAAUCUCUUAGUGCAGGAUGAAAGGAAAAAAGAGGUUUCAGAAGUUUAUAAGCAACACUCUGCCAUGGUGUUUUUAGCAGCAGAUGAAAAGAAGAUGGAUCAUUUAGGACAACAUAAGCAACAGUUCACUGGUAAUACUUCAAGAUUUCUGUACAGGAGGAAUACAACAAUGUAUUGUGAUCAUUGCAAGAUGCCUGGGCAUACUAUGGAUAGAUGCUACAAAAUCCAUGGUUAUCCACCAAAGUAUGGUUAUGGCAAAGGAGGAAAGAACAAAAGAAUUGCAGCUGUGGUUUAUGGUGAUAAAGACACUGAUGAAGAAGAUCAGAACACAACUCAUCUCACCAAAGCUCAAUAUGAUCAGUUUGUGAAUUUCAUGAAGCAAAACAAAUAA